AUGGCCUCCCACCGCAUCGGCGCCCGCCUCUCGGGCCUCUCGCCGGAGCAGCUGCUCGUAAUCAUCAAGGAGCAGGGUCCCUCACGCUCGCAGCUGUGCGCCAUCAUCGAGGCGCAGGCGGGCGCGAGCGACGCCGCGCUGCGCGUGGCGGAGGAGCACGCCGCACGGCUCGUGGAGCAGCCCGAGUGGGUGCUCUCCGAGGUCCUCCUCUCGCCGGACCUCGCCCCGCACAUCCUCGCCCAGCUGCCGAUCAAGGCGCACGCCGUCAAGGGGACGUGCCGCGCGUGGCGCCGCGGCUGGAAGGAGACGCUGAAGAGGCGUGAGAAGCCGCGCUUGGGCCGCGUACUCGCGCACGACGGUCUGCAGCUCGGCGUCGGUGGCCGUUUCGAGCAGCGGCAGCGCCCGCUCGAAGAAGGCGAACUGCGCGCGUGGUUCUUACGAACUUCUCCCAUCCCUCCCUUGGGGUUACUGACUGCUGAGAGGGUUAUUUUUCAGACGAAGGCGGGAAAAAGUAGCGACAUGCUGCUGCCGCUGUACAAUUCGCCAAAGACGAAGGUGCGAAUGAGUGACCCGACGUCGGAGCGGAUACGCUUGAUCGAUGGCACGCUGCCGCUCUACAACGCUACGAGGGCCACCUCUCCUUGGCCCGGCUGCUUGAAGCUCCUGUGCUUUGGCUCUCUCGCGUUGGUAAUUCUGUUUGGGUACGUGAGCGGCACCGAUGCGGAAUCUGGAGGCUGCGGCCUCCGCGCCGACCGCAGGGCAGCGCAACCGCACGAUGAGAGCGAGGCGCACAUCGACGACUCCAUCCAGGACAAGAAUCUGUCGUGCUCCCUCUGGGCCGCGGCGGGCGAGUGCACGCGGAAUCCAAAGUACAUGAAGGACCAGUGCGCGAGGUCGUGCGCGAAAUACAUGGCGGAGCUUCGCGCGAUGCCCGAUUCAUGA